AUGGACUGUGACUGCCUGACCACCCGAUUCAUUGAGUCGCUUACUUCGACCAGCGAGGACAUGAUGUUGGUCCUCGGGCCUCACAUGAACUGGCAGGAGAUGCUGUGUCCCGCCCCUCUCUCGGUGUGUCUCCUGGGGCAACUGGUCCUCGUCACGCUGGACAAGGACGUGUCUCUUGUGUCGGAACACAUGACAAGGGAUCGCUUCAAACACAUAUUUGUGUGGAAUAUGUGUGAUGAAACCAAGACUGAGACUUCCAAGGGCGUCAAAAAGAAAGCAUCACCACGCUUAUUAAGUGCACAUGUUUCGCCAGGGGGAUGGACCGUAGAAGAAAGGGGCAUGAAAGUCAAGAUGGCAUUGUUUGACCAAAGCAGUGAAAAGACCAAUUUAUGGAAGCCGAAAGUUGCGGCUUACAGUCGUCGAGGAGAGCCUGUGACUGUUGGUCUGCUAGCUUCCUCUGCAACUGUUAUCCUUCAUCUCCACAAGCCACGCAAAUUAUGUGCUGGGGAGCUGUUUGGAAAAUUGCGGUGCCUGUUGGUGCCUCCAAACUGGGAUGCCAUUGGAGGGAUGCAGAUGCACCUUGGCUACUUGUACGUGUCUGCUGGCAAAUCAAUAUACAUGUUGAAGAUUACGGCAUACUCUACCAUUCGGAAGCUGACCGAUUAUAAGCUUGUAAUGAAGCUACCGGAUACCCCUUCAGAGAUUGCCACAGAUGAACUGGGCGGGAAAAGUAUAUGUGCCAGUUGCAAAGGAGAAGAGUGUCUUGUGGAAGGGGAAUUUUAUGUGUGUGCGGUGGGGGGACAAUAA